AUGAAGAAAGGCUGGCCCCAUGGGGGAGGAGUCCUCCUCUCUUCUCUCUUCCACCUGCUGCUGCAAGUGAGGAGGAGAAGCGUGAUUGCAGAAUUUGUCCGGGCACCACUCAGGUGGCUUCAGCACACAGGAAGAGGCAACACUUUCACCAUCAAUUGCUCAGGCUUUGACCGGCACGGGGUGGAUCCCGCUGUCUUCCAAGCAGUGUUUGACAGAAAGGCCUUCCGUCCAGUCACCAACCACAGCUUACCCAUUCACGUCAACAUCUCCUUCACCCUGUCUGCCAUCCUGGAAGUGGAUGAACAGCUUCAACUGAUGACAUCAUUCCUGUGGCUAAAUUUGUGGAACCCGGAUGAGUGCGGAGGCAUUAAGAAGCUGAGCCUGGCGGCUGAGAACCUAUGGCUUCCAGAUAUCUACAUCGAGGAGUUCAUGGAUGUGGACCAGACCCCUACAGGUCUCAUGGUUUACGUCAGAACGAAGGUCACAUCAAGUACAAUAAGCCAAUGCGGGUAGUCAGCAUCUGUCACCUGGACAUCUUCUACUUCCCCUUUGAUGAGCAGAACUGCACUCUCACCUUUAGCUCUUUCAUUCACCCAGUGGAGCACCUGGUCCUGGGCACGGAGAAGGAAAUUCAGGAGGUUUCCAACACAUCACAGAACCUCAUUCAGAGCGAGGGAGUGGAUGCUUCUGGGGAUCCACCAAACCAUCGAGAAGAUGAGUGUGGGGACCACCCAGUAUGACCAAAUCACUUUCCAUGUGGCCAUCAGGCGCAGGCCCAGCCUCUUUGUCAUAAACCUCCUGGUGCCCAGCGGCUUUCUGGUUGCCAUUGAUGCCUUCAGCUUCUAUCUGCCGGCAGAAUAUGAGAACCGCGCGCCCUUCAAGAUGACCCUGUUGCUGGGCUACAACGUCUUCCUGCUCAUGAUGAACGACUUGCUACCGGCCACGGGCACCCCCCUCAUCAGCAGGGGUGGGCGGGGCCUCUGGCCCCCACACAGGCCCACCUUCCUUUCCUCAGGUGUCUACUUUGCCCUGUGUCUGUCCCUGAUGGUGGCCAGCCUGCUGGAGACCGUCUUCAUCACCUACCUGCUGCACCUGGCCACCACACAGCCCCCACCCAUGCCCCAGUGGCUCCGCUCCCUGCUGCUGCACUGCACCAGCCCCAGGAAACAAAGCCCCACUGUGCCCCAGGAGGGCAGUAAGAGCCUGGGUCUCAGCCCCACCCACCUGCCAGGCCUGAAGGAGCCGGUAGAGCUGGUGGGGAAGGUGCCAGGUCCCAGGGAGGCAGGGCUGCGUGUGUGUCCUGAGCCGACGAGGGCCCAGCCGGACCACGAGGCCCAGAAGCUGCGCUUAGUGGAGCUGUGGGUGCAGUUCAGCCACGUGAUGGACACCCUGCUCUUCCGCCUCUACCUGCUCUUCAUGGCCUGCUGCAUCAUCACCGUCAUUGUCCUCUGGAGCACCUAG